ACUUUUGUUUAUUGAAUUGUUUCUUAUUAUUGAAAUGUGCAAAUGCAUUUCAAAAUAUCAUUUUAAACAAUGCUCUGACUAAGCAGGCCAUAUUGGAGGGUCAAAAAGCAUACAACUAGGUGACAGUAAAUCAUUGUAAAGGAAAGAACAAGAAGAAAGAAAAAUAAAAUCAACUCAAAAUACAAUCAGAGUUCCAUCUGGUUUAUAUGUAGACUGUUGAGAGGGCAUACUAUCUGUUCCCCUUAGUGGUGGGCAUGUGUUGAGUGUGUGUGUCUGUGUGUGUCUUUUUGUGUGUUGGAGAAGAUAAAAGCCAUACAUUGGGAGGUCGAGAUGGAAGAAAGGAGAGGUAGGAGCAAAGGGAAGAUUGAUUGGAGGAAGGUUGUUUGGUCGACCAAGGCAGACCAGGCCCAGUGUGUUCUGUGAAGAGGUAGAGAGGGAGAGGUGUGGCAGCCCCCAGGACAGCCCCCAGGACAGCCCCCCCAUGAGGGCCCUACCCCAGGCAGACCACACCCUGCAUGUCAUGCUACCCCUAUUCUAAGAUGGAAUUUGUUUGCUUGUUUUUUCCCCCCUUUUGGUCUGUCUGAGUGAGAGAGAAAGUGCUAAUCUGGUGUGACGCAGUAAAAGAAGCAGAUCAUGCAGUUCUGAUGAUGUGGUGGUGAAGCUGAGUGGAAGUCAGCUAACCUUGGACUAUCUGGAGGAGAAUGGGUUUACAGAACCGAUUUUGGUUGCAAAGAAAGAUGGACUCGGGAUGUCGAUGCCAGCACCAACGUUCUACAUCAGUGAUGUAGAAAACUAUGCAGGUCCAGAGUUUGUUGUGGAUGUUGUCGAUGUCACCAAACAGACAAACAACCAGAUGAAACUUAAGGAGUUUGUUGAUUACUACUACAGCACAAACCGAAAGCGAGUAUUAAACGUGAUCAAUUUGGAAUUUUCGGAAACAAGAAUGGCAAGCUUUGUGGAAAGUCCACAAAUUGUGCGGAAGCUUUCUUGGGUUGAGAACUACUGGCCAAAUGAUGCACUUCUGGGCAAACCUCAAGUGACCAAGUACUGUCUGAUGUGCGUGAAGGACAGUUACACUGACUUCCACAUAGAGUGUGGUGGGGCAUCUGUCUGGUACCAUGUCCUCAAAGGCGAGAAGAUCUUCUUCUUAAUCAAGCCCACCUCUGCCAACUUGUCUUUAUAUGAACGCUGGAGGUCUUCAUCCAGUUACAGUGAGAUGUUCUUUGCGGACCAAGUAGACAAAUGCUACAAAUGCAUUCUGAAGCAGGGCCAGACUCUCUUCAUACCAUCAGGGUGGAUUAAUGCAAUACUGGCCCCUGUUGACUGUCUAGCUUUCUCAGGCCACUUUGUCCACAACCUCAGUGUAGAGAUGCAAAUGAGAGCAUAUGAAGUGGAGAAGCGACUGAAGGUGGCCAGCCUCACUCCAUUCCCAAACUUUGAGACCGCCUGCUGGUAUGUGGGGCGCCAUCUGCUGGAGAGAUUCAAAGGCUUGCACAGAUCUAAUAAGGAACCAGCUUCGUAUCUGAUUCUUGGUGCCAAAAUCCUCAAUGCGGCCUUCAGAUCAUGGACUAGAAAGCUGGCUCUUCUAGAACAUGAGGAUGAACUUCCAGAGAAUAUGAAGCCGGCACAGCUUAUCAAAGACCUUGCCAAAGAGAUCAGGUUAUCAGAGAAUGCAAUGAAAGGCACCAAGGAAGAGCCUGUUGCCAACACAUCUAUGGAGGAGGCCCCUGCCCCACCAGCUGAACCAGAGGAGCCCUUAUCUCCUGCCCAUGUUCCCUCACCUCCCAGGGAGAAGCUGCCCAGGAAGAGGGGCACCAAAAUGGCCAAGCCCCCAAAGCCGCCAAAGAUUCCCAAAGUAAAGGAUGAGGGGAAGAAAAGAGGGAAGAAGAUGAAAGAGGGUGUGAGCUUGGCCAAAAUGCCCAGCUCACCUUGCCAGGAGUCAGAUGACAAAGAGAAGGCUGUAAAGAAUGGAUCAGAAUCUACGGGGAGAGACAGUUUGAGUAAGAAAGAUAAUGUGCAAAGUGUGUCUGAAAUGCGAGAGCAGAACAAGAACAAAACGGAAGCAAAAUGGAAAUACAAGAACAGCAAGCCCGAUUCUUUGCUGAGAAUGGAGGAACACAAGAAGUCACUUUUGUCAGGAAAUAAAGACAAAUAUGGCUUUUCAUUUUCAAAUAAAAAAACGUUAAGCUCUAAAAGCCUCAAAACCCAGACCAGCACAUCUGAGUUUGAGUCCUUGCAUAACUUCAAGGAAGGCAAGGCCAAGCCAGUACGAGACGAGUAUGAGUAUGUUUCAGAUGAGGGAGAGCUGAAGAUCGAUAUCUUCCCUAUGAGGAGGAAAAAGAGCCCCACCAAAAAGCCCUUAUCCCUUUUAACAGAUGUUAAAGAACCUAUUCCACAGUCUAAAAAGCCAAAGAUUCAGAAGAAAAUUGGCAAGCCAGAUGACUCGUCAGAUGAUGAAUCACUCCACAUAGACAUAAAAGGCAAACCCGAGGUCAAAGGUCGAAUCUCAAAGGGCAAGAAGGAAAGUAGCACUGCAGCAGGGAUUCUGGAUCUUUUGCAGGCAAGCAAGCAAGUAGGAGGAGUGGAUUACAAUGCAGACAGUCAGCCACCUGCAUCCCCCAGCACGCAGGAGGCCAUCCAGGGCAUGCUCUCCAUGGCCAACCUGUCGUCUUCAGACAGCUGCCCACAAACAACGUGGAACAACAAUCACUCCAAAGGAAACUUGCACGACACGCUGUUGGGCAAGAAGCUGGCAAGUAGCAGUGGCGGCAAUAGCAAGCGGCCGGCCAAGCGACUCCUGAAGAAGACGCUGAGGAGGAGCAGCAGCCUGGAGAGCCUGGAGAUGUUUGAUGAUGAGCAGGACCACAUGGAUGCCUGCUUCAAGGACUCUGACUAUGUUUACCCCUCUUUGGAGUCCGAAGACGACAAUCCUAUUUUCAAGCCUAGAUCAAAGAAAAGGAAAAGUUCGGAUGACAUUCCUUACAGCCCCACAGCUAGAGUGGGCCCUUCGGGCCCUCGACUGGACAGGCCGGUUCGAGAAGGGGCCCGGGUGGCUUCCAUAGAAACAGGCCUUGCGGCAGCAGCAGCCAAGCUCUCCCACCAGGAGGAACAGAAGAAAAAGAAGAAGAAGGCCUCAAAAAAAAAGGCACCACCGUUGGUGGAACCCGAGAAGGUUUCCCAGGAGAGCUGCUUCUCUGAGCCUCUGCUGGACUCUCACAGCAGUAGCCUGACAGACCAUGAGUACACGACCGGCACAGGCAAGGUGCAGGGGGGCCCUCAGCCCAUGGCUCCGGGGGUGUUCCUCACACAGAGGCUUCCCUCUACAUCGUCUCAGAACCGGACCUCUGCCAAGGGGGAACGUGCUGUCAUACCAGAAGCUAAAGGCAAAAAGCUAAAGAAAGGAAUGGCCACAGCCAAGCAGAGACUGGGGAAGAUUUUAAAGAUCCAUCGAAAUGGAAAACUCCUUCUGUAAAACAGACUGAGGAAAUCAGACCUCGCUGUGAUAUGUGUGGUUCACAUGCCAGAAUUGUGCUGUGUUUAUUAACAUCAGGAACAUCGAGGGAUUUGCAACAUUGGCAAUGGAUGGGGCCCCAAACAUAUAUUUUUGAUUUGGACGAGAUUACAGCUUAUACCCAUUUUUGCCUCAGUUUAUCCUUUUUAACUUUUGAAUAGAAAAUGUACAGAAUAUCUGAUAUAAAUAUUUUUAAUACAGGUAUAUCCACCAUACUUUGCUUAAAAAAGCGAAACAACAAAAAAUACGAACACCUCAAUUAUUCCCACCCCUAGGGGGUAAUAUUUAGUCGUAUUUUGCGGCAUACUUACACUCUCUUUCGAUUUUUUUUUCCCAGUUAUCGAUAUACCGAUUCUGAUCUUUAUUUCAUUGUUCUGCAUGAUGUUUCACAGAUGGCUGUAGUGGUACCGGUUGCUGAGAAAUCUAGCAAUCUGAGUGUUAUGUGAAUAUGGCAUUUCAUAACAGAUAUCUCUCAGAAAGAGUUUCCUGUUUUCCCCUCAGUUUAUUGCCAGCAAAGCAAAUUUCGUUGCCAAUUCCAAAGCCUCCUGACGGAUUCUUAGUCUGAUCAUUAACAAAACAACGGACAACAUUGAUUGCCCAAAUACAGCUACCGAAUCUGAUGUAAAAAAUUUGUAAGCUGAAAAAUCUUGGUAUUUAUGAAGAGAAGCAUUUAUUAAUUUUGGUGCAAGAAUUAUCUACAAGGCAAUUUUUUUGUACAUAUGAAUGUAUUUAUUAGGUAUUUAUUAAAUUUAGAUUUAAAAAAUAUAUAUAAAUAUAUUUAUUUUUUUCUCUUAAACAUAAAAUGUAUGUAAAAUUUUCCCACUUGAAACAUCAUUAGUAUUUUAGAACACAUUUUUAAUUCUGUUUUUGAUGUUUUAUUUUCUAGUAGCGAUUUACUAGUAGUCAGGUAUAUCUGACCCACAUUUAUAAGCAGAAUAAGUAAGUAAAAUGGGUCAGACCACGUUUUUAUGUAUUUCCUAGAAUAAAGUUAUAUGCUUUGAAUGGUGAUGCCAUGUUGAAUGUGUUCCCCUGGGACCAGCAGGUUUACCUGGGCAUAGAUAUCUGUACUUGCAUAGAAAUACUAGCACAAUCGAAUGGCAGUUUGCAGAGAGGGAGUCCCACCUCUAUAAACACUACGUUGAACCUACAGUCCAUCUGAUCCUUCCAUUGUUCCGGGUUGCAUAGCCUCAAGUGGAACUUUCUGCCCCAAGUUUAUUUCUCAGGCAGCUUUGGAGCGCAGAUGUCAUCUGAAAUAUGCAUUUAUAUGACAUUCUAAUGAAAAUAUUACAUGCCUGGAAUGUAGCGUGUAUAUAGCAUUUUAAAAUGACCUUUUGUAACAUUUUCCCUUUUCUUAAGUAUACAUUUUUAUGAAUUUUUUUAAUUGUAAAUAAAAAUUUUCAAUGGCACAGAUAAUGCUAUACUUUUUUCAGUGAAUUAGAUAGUGCCCUUUUUUGUUUGCUUGUUCACAGACUUGUUGUUUCAAAAAUAACAUGACUGACUAUGGUCCACACAAGGUAACUUGUAAAAUUGUAGUAUUACAUGGGGAAAUUGGUGGGAAACUGAAAAGGUCAAAGUCAAAAAUGUCUUUUUGUAACCAGCUUCUUGUAGUAAAAAAGCAGAAUCGAAUGGUUUUACUCACACCUUGUGAAGUUGUCUUUCAAUGUUUUGUAUUUUAUAUUUGUACAUUUCUUAAGAGCCAUGUUUAAAGGUAUUUAAUCAGCCACUGAAAGUUCUUAUUUAGCAAUCCUAAAUUAACAUUGUCUUCUGUCAUUUAAAUUUAAUCUUUGUAUUUAAUACUUGUUUCAUUGUAACUCCACUGUGUGUGUCAGGACUGCUGUUGACAUCACUGCAUAUUUGAAUAUCAUCACUUGCUUCACAGCUGUGUAGGUAUAACCGUCGGCUGUGCUUUUUGUUUUGUUGUGAUUCAGUAUGCACAAUUUUUACAGUUUACCGUAGUUACCUAUCCCUGUGUGUUGCUUAGCUAUAAAAGUCAUGCAACUCCUGUGUAUUCAGGUACAGACUGCCCCUGUAACUAUGUAACUAUUCUAGACUUCAUUUGACAAAUGUGUGAUGUUGUGGCUUACUUUAAAAGAUGUUCCCAUCAUUAAAUAUGUGCUCUGCAUUGCGGCAGUGUAAGGUACCUUUGUGGUCACCUUCCUUAACCAAUGAAUGUCUCAUUAGCUCAUUUUGUUUUUUCCGUUACGUCCUGCCCAUCUUUCCCGCCCGGCCCUCCUGUCUCCUCCCUAACGUGGCCCUGAUGAGCCAAUCUUGUUGCUUGUUACCUCUCUUUUGUAUGUGUAUAUAAGUACCUGUUUAUCUCAUCAUCCCCAAGCCGGUCAUUGACGUCGCUCCUCCCGUCUGCCUGUGUCCUUCCCCGUACUCACCUUCUUGUUUUGACUCCUAGCAGUCUCACUUGUGUCCUGUAAACUCCUCUUUGUUCACUAAACGCCUGUCUUCAAGUCAUUCGUCUCGCAUCUCAUGACAUUUCCCUCCAAUUAGGUUGUGGAAAGCAAUUCCAAUAAGAAUCCUGUAUAUGGGGAAGUUCGUGUCGCAGGUAUGCUUGCUUGGGGUUAGCGUGGUGUGCUGCUCACUCAGCAGUUUGACUCAAGCUCAUAAAAAUAGCAGAGCCAUUCCACAAGUAGCUGCAGUGUAAAUACAGGCAUAAACAUUGUGAUUAUCUCUUUAAUUCUUUUCAUCUUAUUUAUGUAAACAGCCUUUAAGCUCCAGCCCCCUGAUCACUAGCAAAAAGCUAAGAUGCAUCUGGCAUGGUUUUGCAUCACACAGAUUUUAAAAUGUUGUUUAAUAAGCCUACAUCACCAUUUCUGGUAUUUUGUUAAAAUAACCACAAUGUUCUUCAUAAGAUGCUUUCAAAGGAAUGAAAGGAUCCCGUAACCCCAAACAAGGACUCAGCUCACAAUUUUGAGCCUUAAUGUAUAAUACUCUGUGUCAUUAGUCUAAGACAUCUCGAAAUAGUUUCUUUUUGCUUACUGAACAACAGAUUGUGUUUGGCUAUGAAGCCUCAAAUUAGGAUCUUUUAAAUAUUUUGUGGUAUAAUUUACACUGAGUAGUAACUGAGGCAUUCUAUAUUACAUGUACUUCCAAUGCACUUUUAUUGUAGUACUAUACAUGUACAUGUAUAUACAUUAACCAAACUUGACAAUUUUGUAAGUGUGACUUGGCACAAUGCUUUUAAUAAAUCAGCAAUUUUUUUUUUACAUU